UUAAAAUUGUUUAAAAAAUUUGUCAACAGGUGUCAUAUUUAAAAAUUCUUUUUUAUGGUUGUUUUUCCUCUUAAUCAAAAUCAUCAUUAAUCAAAAAGAAAAAAAAACGGGACAAUAAAAUGAGAUAAAGCCAAAUUUUACAAUUAGUUGCGUAAUAAAUAAGAAUCUUACUUUCAUAUAUGUAUGAUAAAGCUUCCCAUAUGUUUUUUUGAGACACACGCACACACAAAUCAAAAUUUAAGUUCAUACAAGAAAUAUGUACCCGCGCAUACAAGUACCAUUAUAUAAUUAUAUUGAUGAAAUGAAUGAAAAAAAGCUCUUAAUGGUGGCCAAAUUGUCCAGUUAAAAUUUGACUCUCGUCGGAAUAGCACUGAAGAACUUUCGGAAAAAAACUAAUAAUUUUUAAGUGAAUUUAAAAUUAAUUUUUUUGUAACAUUUUAUUAAAAUGGCAGAAACUAAUGGAACUAUCCAUUUUAACAAAGACGAAGUGAAUCCUCCUGACUUUUUAAAUCAGGAGUUUUUUGAAAAUGUUCUUCAAACGUCCGAGAAUGAUAAAGCACUCAAGAUAACGCAACUCAAGUUGGUUCCUGGAACAAAACCUGGAGAUCAUUUUGCCAGUAUUAUGUUCAAAGCAAUUAUUUCUUACACAACAAAGGGUAAAACAAUUGAAGAUCGGUCCCUUGUAAUUAAAACAAUGCCCGUAGAGGAGGGUAUCAAAAGGGAUAUGUUGAAGGAUAUGCCCAUUUUCGACAGAGAAAUUGCCAUGUAUACACAAGUUUUACCGGAAAUGAAGAGAAUUAUGGAGUCGAUUGGAGAUGACGAAGUGCUUUCCCCAAAGUUAAUUUAUCAGAGCACUGAUCCACUCAUUCUCAUCUUUGACGACAUCACAAAACAUGGCUAUGAAAUGCAUUAUGGUUUUUAUGAUUUCGAUAAUACAGUAAAAGUUUUAAAGAAAUUGGCUAAAUAUCACGCACUAUCCUUUUACAUGAAUGACAAUAAAUACAACACUUCGAUUGAUAUGCAAAAUUAUGCAACAAUGAUGUCAUCAGAUAUGUUUGAGAAGCUAAAGGUGUUCACCGAGGGAUUUACCUACCUAGCUGAUGAGGUGAAAAAUUGGCCUGGUUACGAAGCAAUUGCAGAAAAGCUCGCAACUCAGAAUGUAACAUUCAUGGAGAAGUUGAUACAACUUUAUCAACCAAAUCAAGAACCGAAAUUCAACGUGCUUUGUCAUGGUGAUUUUCAUAUUAAAAACAUGAUGUUCAUAAAAAAUGGACAAGAUAUCGAUAAGACCAUGUUUCUGGACUUUCAAAUAAGCUUCUGGGGAUCACCUGCUAUUGAUCUCAUUUAUGUUUUUUACGCAAUCGGCAAUGCUGAAUGCCGAAGGCGUCGUGGUGAAAUUCUCGCAAUUUACCACGCAACCCUCACGGAAUAUCUGAAUCGCCUGGGAUGUCUGGGAAAGCCACCAUCACUGCUGGAACUCAAUAUGGAAGUUCUAAAAAGGGGCGCCAUGGAACUUCUAUGGGCUGUUGGAUUCCUUCCAUUCUUAUGUUUGGAUUUUACAAAGAUUGAUAUGGAAGCUAUUGUAGAUCCUUCUCCUGAAGUAAUGGGUAACAUGAGGAGGAUGAUGUAUAAGAAUGAAGAAAUUGUAAAAAUAUUGAGAGAAGUUCUCCCCGAUCUUUUAUACAAAGGAAUUUUAAAAAUGGCAGAAACAGUGGAAAAUGGCAAAGGGCCAAUUCAGUUCAAUAAAGACGAACUUACCCCACCAGAUUUCCUCAAUGAAGAAUAUUUCCUUAAUAUCUUACGAGGAGUUGAAAAUGACAAGGCGCUAACGAUAACGAAAUUCGAAAUGGUUCCUGGCACAAAACCUGGAGAUCAUUUUGCGAGUAUUAUGUUCAAAGCAAUUGUCUCCUACACAUCAAGGGGUAAAGUAGUAUCUGGAAGGUCUCUAGUUGUGAAAACAAUGCCUGUUGAAGAGGGAUUGAAAAAAGAAAUGUUCACUGAAAUGCCAAUUUUUGACCGAGAAAUUGAUAUGUAUACAAAGAUUCUUCCUGAAAUGAAGCGUCUUAUGGAAUCUAUCGGUGAUCACGAAGAAUUGGCACCAAGACUGCUCUUCCACAGCACAGAUCCCUUUGUCUUGAUAUUCGAGGAUAUUACCAAGUUUGGAUAUGAAAUGCAUGCAGGAUUUUUGGACUUUGACAAUACUGUUAAAGUUGCGUUGAAGCUUGCGAAAUUCCAUGCUCUUUCAUUUUACAUGAACGACAAUAAAUAUGCAAAUAAAAUUGAUUUCCCAAAAUACAAAGGGAUCAUGCUUACGGAGAAGACAAUCGAUAAGUUUCAAGUAUUUGUUGAUGGGCUGGGUACAAUGGCGGAGGAAAUAAAGGACUGGCCAGGUUAUGAUAAAAUUGCCGAAAAAGUUGCAAAAAUUAAAGGAACCUUCCUGAAGACUCUGCUGGAAGCGUACAAACCUAAUCCCGAACCCGGAUUCAAUGUGCUCUGUCAUGCCGACUUUCAUAUCAAAAAUAUGAUGUUUAUCAAAAACAAAGAGGAUAUUGAUAAGAUAUUUUUACUCGACUUCCAAAUGUGUUUCUGGGGAACACCAGCACUUGAUGUCACAUAUUUACUAUACGCAAUUGGAAAUGCUUCUGUAAGGCAACGGCGCGGAGAACUGGUGAGGAUCUACCAUAAUGCCUUCACUGAUUACCUCAACCGUCUGGGAUGCUUAAGAAAGGGUCCAUCUCUACUUGAAUUAAACAUUGAUUUAGUCAAAGUUGGACAUCUGGAAAUACUACUUGGCCUGUGUUUCUUACCAUUCUUCUGCUUAGAUUUUACUAAGGUUGAAAUGGAUGCGGUCAUUGAACCCACACCUGAAAUGCUCCUCGAACUACAGAGAAUGAUCUACAAGAAUCCCGAAGUUAUUGCUAUUCUCAAGGAAGUUCUUCCUGUACUCCUCUACAAAGGUGUUUUGGAUGAUUAAAUUUUUAAGAAAAUAAUACAAAAUCUUGAUAUAUAAAGUAAAUUCUUAAAACGGCCUAUAAAUCAAAUUUUAGAAUAUUCUGCAAACUUUCAAAUCUUCUUUCUAUUCAUUUCCAUUUUUGUUUAAUUACAGUAUUGCAAGAAAAUGUAGUAUUUUAAAAACUGCCAUUUCUUUAAGGUACCUAAUAAAAUUUUAUAGUGAACACAA